AAACGCAUCAUCACAGUCCACAACUCGCAGCUGAUCUGUGGAUAAGCUCGAGAUCCUUUCCUUCAUCGUCUUUGACUCUUUUCCGCAAUAAUUUAUUGCGUUUCUGCGUACCCCAACCCCACCCACGCUGGCACGCCCACCCGCGGUUUCCCGGACUCGAUUUCAAACCCAGGCCGCAGCGCGGUCCACACGCACGCCACGCUCCUCGACUCGGCUCCCCCAUCAAACCUGGUCGAGCAGCGAGCACUCGCUAUAAAACACGCCCCCACUUCUAAUUCUCGAGGCAAAACUCAAAACCAGAAGCUGCUAAGAACUUCAGUCCAGUCUAAGAAAUUUCGAUUUCAAAAGCAAACGUUCACCUCAGGGAGAGUUCAGCUGGAGCUGAAAUGGCGACGCCCAAGCUGUCCCCCGUCUCGCCGGUGCGGCGGGACGACAAGCCGUGUGCGCCCUCACCGUCGUCGGUUGUUCUGAGGGUGCAGGACGCUUCGGCUGCGGAGGCUUACGAGCAGUACCUGCGCCUGCCGGAGCUGUCGAGGCUGUUGAAGUCCGGGUGCAUCCCGGAGUGGGAGGGCGAGGGCCUGGUCAAGCCGGCGCUGCAGGCGCUGGAGAUCACCUUCCGCUUCGUGUCCGUCGCGCUCUCCGACCCGCGCGGGUACGCGAGCCGCCGCGAGCUCGCGCGCCGGCUGGAGGCGCUCGCGGCGCGGGAGGUGGAGCUGGUGGCCGCACUCUGCGAGGGCGACCGGUGCGCGCCGCUCGCCGAGCUGAGCGCCUCCGGGGGCGUGCUCCCGCGGGGGCGCAGCGCGUCGGAGGUGUGGCAGCUGCCCGGGAGCGCCGCUGCGGUGGUGUGCAACGUCAGCGAGUCCAGCCUGCUCCCGCGCCUUGCCGCGUGGGACAAGUCCGAGACGCUUGCGGCCAAGAUCAUGUACGCCAUCGAGAGCCAGAUGCAGGGCUGCGCUUUCACCCUCGGCCUCGGCGAGCCCAACCUCGCCGGCAAGCCGGUGUUGGAGUACGACCGCAUCGUCCGGCCACACGAGCUGCACGCUCUCAAACCGAAGGCCGCGCUGGAGCCCAAGACCGGCUACCGCAACCGGGAGAACGAGGCGCUGUUCACCAUCUACCAGAUACUCGAAUCAUGGCUGUGCGCGGCCUCCCAACUUCUCACCCGCCUGAACGACCGGAUCGAAGCAAAGAACUGGCAGGCGGCAGCGAGCGACUGCUGGAUCCUUGAGCGCGUCUGGAAGCUGUUCGCCGACGUCGAGGACCUCCACUUGCUGAUGGACCCGGACGACUUCCUGCGGCUCAAGAGCCAGCUCGCGAUACGGGCGGCGCCGGGUUCUGAUGCGUCGUUCUGCUUCCGUUCCAGGGCGCUUCUGCACGUCGCUAACACAACUAGAGACCUCAAGAAGCGGGUGCCGUGGGUGCUCGGCGUCGAGGUGGACCCCAACGGCGGGCCGAGGGUGCAGGAGGCGGCCAUGAGGCUGUACCACAGCAGGAGGCGCGGCGAGGGCGAGGAGGCCGGCAAGGUGGAGCUGCUCCAGGCCUUCCAGGCCGUGGAGGCGGCCAUGAGGAGGUUCUUCUUCCUGUACCGGCAGCUCGUGGGCGCGGUGAUGGGCACGGCGGAGGCGUCUGGCAACAGGGCGCUGUUUGUGCCAGCGGAGGGGAUGGACCCCCUCGCGCAGAUGUUUCUCGAGCCGCCAUACUUCCCCAGCCUCGACGCCGCCAAGACGUUCUUGGCUGACUACUGGGUUCAGCGAAUGACAGCGCCAGGCUCGCAGUUUUGAAGGUCUGCAGAUAUGCGUGCAUCGUAUUGUAAGCGACAUAGGGUGAUUAAUUCUGUAGCGAUUAUAUUCUUGUGUGCACAGGGAUGUGUUCUGUUCUACGAUCUUUUACCGAGAGAAGUUGAUUCAA